AUAUGGCUUCUGCAAACUUUCUGCUGUCUGAAGAUCAGUUCCUGUGCUCCGUCUGUCUGGAUGUGUUCACUGAUCCAGUCACAACACCAUGUGGACACAACUUCUGCAAAAAGUGCAUCAAUGAUUACUGGAAUACCAACAACCAGAACAUGUGUCCACUGUGUACAAAGGUUUUCUUCUCAAGACCUGAGCUGCUCGUCAACACUUUGUUCUCUGGGAUGGUUUCUCAGUUCAGACAGUCGACUCAGCAGAAAGCCAGCAGCAGCAGCUCAAAGCAACAAGAGUCCAGACCAGGAGAAGUUCCCUGUGACGUCUGCACUGGAACCAAACUGAAGGCCCUGAAGUCCUGCCUGGUGUGUCUGGUCUCCUACUGUGAGACUCACCUGGAGCCUCACCUGACAGCUUCACGCCUGAAGAGACAUCAGCUGAUGGACCCUGUGGAGAACCUGGAAGACAGGAUGUGUCUGAAGCACGAUAAACCUCUGGAGCUGUUCUGUAGGACCGACCAGACGUGUGUCUGCAUGCUCUGCACUGUGUUGGACCACAAGAUGCACAAUGUUGUUCCUCUGAAACAAGAAUGUGAAGGAAAGAAGGUGGAGCUGCAGAAGACAGAGGCUGAAACUCAGGAGAUGAUCCAGAAGAGACGCCUGAAGAUUCAGGAGGUCCAACACAACGUGAAGCUCAGUGAGGAAGAUGCAGACCGAGAGAAAGCAGAAGGUGUUCAGGUCUUCACUGGUCUGAAGGAGUCUGUGGAGAGGAAACUGAACGAGCUCAUCAAUACAAUAGAAGAGAAGCAGAGAAGCACCAAGAAACAGGCUGAAGACGCCAUCAGAGAGAUGGAACAGGAGAUCUCUGAUCUGAUGAAGAGGAGCACUGAGGUGGAGAAG